AUGGCCGGUCAAGUACGCAUGCAUCCGUAUUACGCAUGCAUCCGUAUGUUUGAGACGGGCCCUGCUUCGCCUGACAAGAGCGACAUAACGUGA